AGCGAGGGCAAACCCUUAGCACACUGAACAAGCCUUGCUAAAAAUCACCGCUCUCUCUCCACGGCAACAAAACAAUAUAGAAUAGGGUUUACAGCGUGCUACAAGCACAGAGGCUCAAUCUACACGACAAGGCGCUUUCCCGUGGAAUGAGCAUUCCAUGCAGCAUCCUAGGCAUGAAUGACGUGGGUUGGCAGGAGACAAGAGGUGGGAUGCUGCAUGCAAAUGGUGCUCCUGAUGCAGGGGGUGUUCGGGUUCAUGGUGGCGGACCCCUGACGGCGGUCGGCGGUGGACAGGCUCCUGGUGGACCACAUCUACAGGGUAUGGACAGAAGUUCUACCCUCACUCCAGGUACGCCGCAGCCUCCAUUGAGCGGAAGAUCUCAGGACGAUGCAACAGUUGGAUACUUCUUUCAGAGGCAACCUGGAGAGCAACUUGUUGGUUGCACUCCUAACAAGCACCGCUGGCCAACUGGAGAUGCCAAUCAUGUUGAUCAGGUUCGAGCUGUAGAUGAAAUGAAUUAUGAUUUUCAAGCUCUUGCUCUGGAAUCAAGAGGAAUGGGAGAGCUUUUGCCAACAAAAAAGAUCUGGGAUUCCGAUGAACUUGCAAAGGAUGGAAGGAAAGGGAUGCUUCUUGGUGAAGAGUGGAGGGAGAAUGCAUGGGGAUCGUCUCAUCAUUCAGUGUCCCAGCCAAUCAUGGUACAACGGCGGCCUGGUCAGGGUUUCCACGGGAACGGUGAUACAAAUUCUGUACUUUCGCCUCGCUCAGAGGGCGGAGGCCUGGGUGUGAGCAUGGUGGAGUACGUCCUGAGCUCUUCUCCUGGUGACAAAAUGGACGGUCGCUACAGAAACGGAGGCUAUGGUGGAGGAGACACUGACCAAGAUGGAAGAGAAAAGAGUGAUGUACAAGAGAAGGUGUCACCCUUUGAGGAAGACAAAAGCCCUGAGAUGAAGGUGGGAGAGGACAGUGAUCCAGCCAAAACCAAUGGAAGAGGUCUGCUAAAUGGCAUGGAUAGAGACUGCAAAGACUUCAACCCAACCCCUGGAAGCCGCCAAGCAUCCCCCACUGAGGCCGUGGAGAGAAUGGGUCCCACCCAGGCGGGUUUGGAAAUGAUGGCACAGCACCAUCAGCAUGUCAUCCAACAUCAAAACCCUGCCCAGAACAAGGUCCCCACUGAGGACUUCCAGAGCCAAGAAGCCCAGAACAUGGGUGGCAUGGAACAGGGAGGUGGUGUAGAGUCUCUGCAGUUCGAUUAUGCUGGGAACCAGAUCCAGGUGGACUCUUCAGGAACUCCUGUAGGGUUGUUUGACUACAACUCUCAGCAGCAGUUGUUCCAGAGAUCGAAUCCUCUGACAGUUCAACAGCUUACAGCAGCUCAGCAACAACAAUAUGCCCUGGCUGCAGCUCAACAACAGCAUCUUGCUGGACUCGCUCCUGCAUUUAUGCCAAAUCCUUACAUCAUUAACGCUGCCCCGCCUGGAGCCGACCCAUACACUGCCGCUGGCCUGGCAGCAGCAGCCACACUAGCAGGCCCCACCGUUGUUCCGCCCCAGUACUACGGUGUCCCUUGGGGUGUGUAUCCAGCCAAUCUCUUUCAGCAACAGGCUGCAUCAACUGCCAAUCACUCAGCUAAUCAGCAAACAUCCAACCAGGGACCAGGGCCCGGCCAGCCACAGGUGAUGCGCACAGGGUCCAACCAGCGACCUCUGACUCCAGGACAAGGACAACAAAGUCAGCAGGAGUCUUUAGCUGCUGCAGCUGCUGCAAACCCUGCUCUAGCUUACGCAGGAAUGCCUGGUUAUCAGGUGUUGGCCCCGGCUGCCUAUUAUGACCAAACUGGAGCCUUGGUAAUGGGCCCCGGUGCUCGGACUGGUCUGAGCGGACCAGUUCGUCUUGUACAAACCCCUCUACUCAUUAACCCAGCUGCAGCAGCUGCACAAGCCGCAGCAGCUGUAUCUGCAUCUGGCUCUGGUAACAACAUGUCUGGACCCCCAGCCAAUGGUCUGUACCGCUCCAUGCCUCAACCUCAGCCACAGCAGCAGCAAGCCCCCCCACCCAGCAGCGGCAUGCAGUCCAGCUCUUUCUAUGGCUCUGGAUCGGUUCCUAACACCUCCCAAAGCAGCUCUCUUUUCUCUCAUAACUCUGCUGCGCAACCGCCGCCAAGUUCCUCUUUGGGCUUCAGCAGCACAGGCGGCUCCCUUGGUGUGGGGUUGGGCUCUGCUCUUGGAGGCUUCGGCUCAUCAGUGUCCAGUUCAACCAGUAGCAGCGUGUCUCGCAGGGACUCGCUGUUGGCAAGUUCAGACUUGUACAAGCGUGGUGGCAGCAGUUUAACUCCUAUUGGUCAACCGUUUUACAACAGUCUGGGUUAUUCAUCUUCACCCAGUCCUAUUGGCCUAACACCAGGUCACUCCCCACUCACUCCUCCACCUUCUUUGCCUUCUUCUCAUGGGUCGUCCUCCAGCCUUCACCUAGGUGGCCUGACAAAUGGCAGUGGGCGUUUCAUUUCUGCUGCUCCAGGAGCCGAGGCCAAAUAUCGCAGUGCUGGUGGCACUUCUAGUCUGUUCAGUUCCAGCAGCCAGCUCUUCCCGCCCUCCCGGCCACGCUACAGCCGCUCUGACGUCAUGCCUUCUGGACGCAGCCGCCUGCUCGAAGAUUUUAGGAACAACCGUUUCCCCAACCUCCAGCUACGUGACCUACCGGGCCACAUGGUGGAGUUCUCUCAGGACCAGCAUGGAUCCAGAUUCAUCCAACAGAAGCUGGAGAGGGCUACACCUGCUGAGAGGCAGAUGGUGUUUGGAGAAAUUCUGCAAGCGGCGUAUCAACUGAUGACUGACGUUUUUGGGAAUUACGUCAUCCAAAAGUUCUUUGAGUUUGGAAGUGCAGACCAAAAGCUGGCUUUGGCAACACGCAUUCGCGGGCACGUCCUCCCCCUGGCUUUGCAGAUGUACGGCUGCAGGGUCAUUCAGAAAGCUUUGGAGUCCAUUUCCUCAGAGCAGCAGGUAAUUAGUGACAUUGUACGAGAGUUGGAUGGGCACGUACUGAAGUGUGUCAAAGACCAGAAUGGGAACCAUGUGGUGCAGAAAUGCAUCGAAUGUGUCCAGCCUCAGGCUCUGCAGUUCAUUAUUGACGCCUUUCAGGGACAGGUUUUUGUGCUUUCUACUCACCCCUACGGCUGCCGAGUAAUCCAAAGGAUUUUGGAGCACUGCACUCAGGAGCAAACGCUGCCCAUCUUGGAGGAGCUGCAUCAGCACUCUGAACAGCUUGGCCAGAAAUAUCAAGGCGUUUCAUUGGAGAUGACACCCAAAACAUAUUAUACAGUGUCCCGUGAUGCACUGUUCAAGGAUCAGUAUGGUAACUACGUCAUUCAGCAUGUCUUGGAGCAUGGCAGACCAGAAGAUAAGAGCAAGAUAGUGGCAGAAGUCCGUGGAAAGGUUUUGGUCCUGAGCCAACAUAAGUUUGCAAGUAAUGUCGUGGAGAAGUGUGUUAUCCACUCCUCGCGUGCUGAGCGGGCUCUACUAAUAGACGAAGUGUGCUGCCAGAAGGACGGACCCCACAGCGCCCUAUACACGAUGAUGAAGGACCAGUAUGCCAACUAUGUUGUGCAGAGAAUGAUAGACAUGGCAGAACCUGCUCAACGGAAAAUCAUCAUGCACAAGAUCAGGCCUCACAUCGCCACUUUGCGCAAGUACACGUAUGGGAAGCACAUCCUGGCUAAACUAGAAAAGUACUACAUGAAGAGUGGCUCUGAACUCGGCCCCAUUGGCGGCCCCACGAACGGACUCAUGUAAUCGGCACCCCGGGUCCCCUGAAGAAGUGGAGGAGUUUGAAGCCUAAACCCCCUGUUCUGUGAAAGAUUGCUCCUUUAGCCAUAGGCCUUUUGAUACAAUUGGUCAUCCCUUUUCUUCUGCUGGGGGAGGGGGGCUAUUUACCAAAAAAGAAAAACACCUACAACAAAAAGACAAGUCAGUUUAACCUAAGAAUGCUGUGACACUGAUCCCUGCCACUUUGUCACCCCUGUGCACAUUCCCAGUAGGGGCCCCAGGGGCCACACAGUCAGCAGGUUAUGUUCUGAAUUUUCUUUAUUUUCCUGGGUAAAGCACAAGCCCGUUGUUAAUGAUGUAAUCAAUAUAUUUGACUGGUUUUCAUAUUGUACAUUUUGUUUUUUUUACCUUGUAAAUUCUCUGUAGAAAAAAAGGAAAUGAUUACACAUUUGCUGAAAUUUACAAUUCUUACAGUUAACACCAGCAAGUGACUUUAAAAAGCUAAACAAUGAUUCUUUUAAAACAUAAUUCUUAAUGUUUUUUUUUUGUUUUUUUUUCUAGCCAGAUUUGAUAAUGUCAGCUGUCCUGAUGAGCUCUAGGUGAUUGAAAUUUAUAUUUGUAUAAUAUCCCAUGCACAAUAGGAGGGUUCUCACAUGCCAAAGCAACUAAAUGAUUUAGUAUUCAAAUGGCUCUAAUCAGGAUGGAUUGCAGUGUUGAGCUGCGUGUGCCACAGUCGCCCAGAGGUCAAGACCUUAUUCUUCAGCUUGCUGUUGGGGAUUGGUGCUUUAGUCUUGGGUUCACGUUCCACUUGUGGCUUUAUGUUCUCGCCUCUUAACUUCGUCGGGUGGAACCGGUUUACUCCGCCUCUUGUUCCCAGGACUACAGCUGAGCAAACGCUCGCAGAGUCCUUCUUUUUGUGAGCUGUUCUUCUUUCACUCGUCCAAGAUAUCUUUUUGAGUUGAUGAAAGGUAAAAAGGCUAUGACUUGAUUGUUUUUUUUUUUUUUUUUAAGAAAAAAAAGUGGAGGCUGAGGUUUGGUUUGUACAGGUUUGAUCUUAACUUGACCAUAUUAUCGGGGGCUUUUACGUAGAGGGUAGCAGGGUUGUGGACGGGGAAUUGCUUUCGCAUGCUGUGACGGGUUUUAAUUCUUAAAUUAAUUUUUUUCUUCCCUGUAUAAUGUUUUGUAUAACAUCCGUCUUGUAGUUGGAGAUGAUCACUGCCCUAGAAAACAGUAUAUUUAUGUACUGAAUUAUCAUCUCUUCCGUAGAAGUAGUUCAGUGAUGUAUAGCAGCUUUAUGUACGAGUAAAAUUGUUGCCUAUUGGGCGGGACGGGGCGGCUUGUAGUGAUGAUUUUAAACCCCCACCGUGUGAAGGUCAGAGCAGAGUCCAGAAGCGAUGAUGCGGCGCUCAUCCCAUCUUAUUCUGGGAUGAAAUGAACUAGAGGUAGAGAUGAUUUAAGGAAAGGGAUGUUUAAAGAACCUUUUUUUUUUGGUUCUUUUUCUUUUUUAAUAUAUAAAUAUAUAUAUAUAUAUAUAUAUACAUAGUUUUUAAUUUUCCAUUUGGCUGGGUUUGCAAGUUCAGCUGUGGAGGCCGGUAAAGGCCGUCGAAACUUAAAACAAUUCACCUGUAAUGCUCGUAGUGAUGGCUUCUUUGCUUCUUUGAAUUGUAGAUUACAUGUAGUAUAUGUGCAGUUAAGUGUAAGAUUAUUUGUUAAAUCAAAAAUAUGUUUAGCUGUGGUGGUUUUGUUUUUUUUUCCUGACAGGCCUUGCUCUAAAUCUGUAGUGAUGCUUUUAUUUCGUCUGUACAGUUGUACAUUUGUAAACGUUAAUGCUGUAAAUGGGAUGUCUUUUACACUUUUUGAGAGGGAGAAAAAAAAAGGCAAGAAUUGUGCAUUUAGAAAUGUGUGUGUAUAUUCAUCACUCCUUUUCCCCUUGGAUAUAAUGUAAACAGUUUUAUUUGAUCAAGUGAUAUUUUAAAAGGAAAAAAAUAUGGCUUUGCAAUCUGGCAUGAUUUAUUUUUUGUUUUUUAAUCUGUUAUGUAAAGGCCAGCCUCUAUUUGUACUGAAGCUGUAACAUCUGUUAAUAGUCUCUAAUGUGUGACCGUUUUAAAAUGAGAGGAGGAAAAAAAACACACUCUACAAAAAUUGAGAUUGCAUUUUGUCCUCUCUGCUACCGUGCAAACUUCACAAGAUAUGACGAGAAUUAUUUUUGUACAGAUGAGUGCUGUGUUUUGGAGCAGCCACAACCUUGUAAGCAAAAGCAAUGUAAAAUAUUGUCGAUUAUAUAAAUAUGAACAUAUGAGUUUUUGUCACACUGUCAGUCAUGUACAUUUUCAGGUGGCCUUAUGUACAUUUCCAGAUGUUAGAGGAAGAAAACAAACUCAUUUUCUUUUUUUUUUGGGAAGCAGAAUUGUGACUAUGUAUGAUUAAAUUGUCUUCUAACAUUUCAUC